AGAGUCUACCAAAUACCCAUCUAGUCCCAGAAAGAGGACUUUUACUGUGAAAUAAACUUUCCAAAACGCACGGGUCCCUCGGGAGUGAGGGCUGCUUUUAAAAUGCCUUUGCUCCACUUUGCGCUAAAGCAAAACUGUAGGUUGGGAUUUCUUCUGGAGAAGUAGGCUACCACAAAAGUGUGAAGCCACUGAAACGUACUGGAGACUACUUAAGUAUUGUGAUUUGCGAGAUGUAUUGUUACCUUUAUUAAUGCCAAGGUACCCUACAAUAAUGACAACCGCAAUGUAGCCUGUAGAUGGAGAUGAAACAUAGCUCAAAAGUGAGAGUAUAUGGAAAAAGCAUUGUGGAGGGGCUUGGAGACUUUAUGCACGCUGCAUCUUCAGAACCAAUGCUGUCCAGUCUUCAAUACAGUUUGUGUAACCAUAUCUACAUGGCGUCACCGGACGUGUUUGCACUAUAGUAAAGGCUGUAAACGUUCCUUGUGGAAUGCACCCGGUUGGGGAAAACGAUGGCCUUAAGAAUGUGGUCCAAGAUCUGCUGCAAGAGGUGGGCAGUGUGGGCCUUCCUCCUCCUCUUUACCCUGUCUGUGGUGUUGAUCAACACCCUCCCCUUCCCCUCCUCUGAGACACGCAGGCUGCCCUCACGAGGCCUGAGCUCUGCUGGAGCCGGGGGGUAUAGAGCGAGGGCAAGACCCAGGGAAAGGGCCACAUUGGCCCCUCACCACCACCACCACCAUCUUCCUCUACCCCUCAACGGUCACAGUGGAGGUUGGAAGCAGAGUGACAAAGUCAAAGAGUCCUCCAAGCAACACCUGGUGAAGGACCAGCCCAAACUGGAUAGGAGAGCAGCUAGCAUGACAGGUGAGAGAACUCACAGCAACUACAAGAAGAAUCGUAAAACUAAGGGCAUCGCCUCCAAAAGGAAAGAGAAGAAAGAGAUGCCGCCAAGUUCUAUUAGAGACAAACAACAUGAUACCCCGCCAUUGACAGUCAAUGCUGUACUAAUAAGGCAUGAUGGAAACCAUCUAACCAACUGCAGUGGUUCAGAGCUCUCCACCCAACCACAACCUCUUCCCAGACAAGAGAACGUCCACCCAGCCGUGCCUCAAACUGUAGCUCGUAGCCAGAGCCUCCCUUGUACUGCAGACCUCGGCCUGUCUGACUCUGAGCACAAAUGUACUCCAGAUGAACAGAGACAGGACCAGGGGCACACCGGGCAGGCAGGGCAGGCAGGGAAGGCAGGGAGGAAGAACUUAACCAAGCAGCAGUCUGUGAAAAAGGUCCCCAGACAACUCAGGAAACGUGACAGACAGCCUUCGUCUGGGCGUAAAGAGACCCGGCCCACAGCGGGAACAGCAGCAGAGCCAGAGAAAGGGAGUGAGGGGGGGGCCCAUUGGUGUAAGAUGUCAGCUGGAGAGAGGGAGUUCCCAGACACUGACACGCGGAGAAUAAGGACUGAGGACACUGACUCUGUGCCAUGGCUCAGCAAGGACGAUAUUCAAAAGAUGGAGUUCCUCUCGGGCAGUAAGGUUGUCAGUAAGGCCAGGGUCCCAGCCCACGGACAGGUCCUCCAUGUAGGGCUGGGUGCCCCUCAUCAUCCCCCUUCUCUUGGGGCUCCAUUGGCUGACCACAGUGGGCACUGCCAACAGGGUCUGUGUGCCCUGAUCAAACGUCCAGACGACUGGUUCGAAGUCUUCGCUUUCCAUCUAGACCGUGUUCUGGGCUUGAACAGGAGUCUGCCCACAGUGCUCAGGGACUUCCACAGUGACAUCCUGCCUUACAAAUACACCAGGGGGGCAGCCAGACCCGUGGUGUGGUGGGACCCAGGCAUCCAACACCUGGCUGAUGAUGACAAUGACCAGAACUCGUUCCCUCUCACCUGGCCCCAGUACCAGAGCCUGCUGAGGGCCAGGUGUGGAAGUGGCAGCGGCGUGGCCCUCAACGAGACCCCCUGUGUGGGGGUUCACCAUGCGGAGUGGGGACGCCUGGCACUCUUUGACUUCCUCCUACAGGUGAAUGAUCGUCUGGACCGGUACUGCUGCGGUUUCCAGCCUGACCCAGCAGAACCAUGUGUGGAGAACCUGCUACAUACCCAGUGCAGGAACUCAAAGGAUCUAGUGCUGGUGCACAUCCUGGUGAGGAGGGUAGAGCCUACCAGACUGGUGUUUAUAGACAAUGCAGGCAGGCCAAAUCAUCCCCAUGACAACCUCAACUUCCGCUUAGUAGAGGGCAUCGAUGAGUUUCCAGAGAGAGCCGUAUCAGUUCUCCAGUCUGGCUGUUUGGAGAGCAUGCUCCUGAGCUCCCUGUAUAUGGACAAGCAAUUCUGGGAGAGCCGAGGGGGGGCACGUGGCCUGAAACCUCUCAUCCACACUGUUGAGCAGAGAGGGAGGAUUCUGCUGCAGCACAUCCACGACAAGAGACUGAGACUGAACAGGGAUCUGUGAAUCCAAUGGCCCAGAAAGCACCCAGCAGCACAUUAAUUUCAUCCAGGCAGGGGGUGCCUGUGACAGACGUAGAAGCCUCCUCAAGGUCCCGGGCAGCCUAAAGACACAGGAUGUGUCUCAAAUGGCACCCUAUUCCCUAUAUAGUGCACUACAUAUGACCACAGCCCUUCAUUGUCUAUAACACCCUACGGGCCCUGGUCAAAGGCAGUGCACUAUAUAGGGAAGAGGGUGCUCUUUGGGCCGCAGAUACUGUAUGCCUGUUCCAUGCUGGUUGUGGUUCCCAUCCAUGUUGUAUCCAUACAUCUUGUCAACAUCCCUCAAGACAAGCAAAUUAUCUUAUUGAAAUUGCACUGUCUUCUCUGCUGCCUGUUUAUGAGGUGAGUUUUGUAUUUUCUAAUAAAAAAUAGCAGAUUUAA